GCUGGAUAUGGCGCAUUAUUCCAUGAGAGCUCCUGCAAGAUAUUCAAUGAUAAAAAGAAGCUGUUGGGAGAGAUUCUGGUGAAUAAGGGCUUAUAUAGUGUAAAAGGGUCAAAGAGACCAUACACCAGAGCAGCAGCUGUAAAAGAAGUACUCACCAUGUGGGAAGUCCAUGCCAGACUAGGGCACAUGGCACCAAGUACCAUCACACAAAUGAUCCAUGACGGUGUGAUUACUGGAAUAAAUCUUGAUGUGGCAAAAAAGACGAUGGACAGUUGCGAGUCCUGCAAAUAUGCCAAGGCAAUGCACAAGCCCAUCAGAAAGGUCCAAGACCCGCCAAGACAUGAAAACUUUGGCAACAAGGUCCACAGCAACCUCUGGGGCCCUUCACCUGUUUGA